GACUCUUCGUUUUGGCGUAUUUCUAACCAAACUCGACUCUCUGAUUUUUGCCACGUUUUAGCUGGAGGGUGUCUGUCCCGAUUGUGCAGAGAGGUGUAUGGCGACAAUGUCAAAUGAUGCCGCCGCUGCAGCAACCUGGCACAACAACACGAGCACACCGAUGGACACCACCGAACCAGCCACGAACAGUCAUAAUCCCGGUGAAACGGCGGUGAUCGGUGGCCCAGAGGCCCUAUUAUUACCAUCUGGCAGCGGGCCAGAGGAAAUGAAUAGGCACCCUCUGUUGAUGGCGCAAGCACACGGAGAACACCAUCAGCCACGGCUGCUCCAUAAUUUUCCAGUCAUACCUCCACCUAUACAGCAACACCAACAACCUCCUCUAUUACAACAAGCUCAACCUUCUCAAAUACCACAUCCAACUCAACCCCAAAUAGACCCCACAAUGUUCACACAACAGUCUGGAUUCAAUUGGCCGCCCAUAGACCCGAAUACAAUAGCAGCGUUGGCUCAGGCACAGCUAGCAUCUUCUCAUGCACAAUUUGUGUCGUUGGCUUUAACGCUUGAUCCAACGCUAUUAUCACAUUUUUUGGCGACACAGCAGAUACCUCCAGUUCCGCAGCCAUUAGUGCACAAGAAAGCGGAGAUGGAACUUCGUGUCGGCAAUCGUUUCCGCCUCGGUCGCAAAAUCGGAAGCGGCUCGUUCGGUGACAUCUACUUGGGUCAAAAUAUUCAAACAAAUGAAGAAGUGGCGGUGAAGCUGGAAUGUGUCAAAUCCAAACACCCUCAGCUGCACAUUGAAUCACGGCUCUACCGCAUAAUGCUCGGAGGCAUUGGAAUUCCAGAGAUUCGGUGGUGCGGGCAGGAAGGUGACUACAACGUUAUGGUGAUGGAGUUACUAGGCCCUUCACUCGAGGAUCUGUUCAACUUUUGCCAACGAAAAUUCUCGCUGAAAACCGUCCUGCUGCUUGCCGAUCAAAUGUUGUCUCGUGUGGAAUUUAUUCAUUGCCGAGAUUACAUUCAUCGCGAUAUUAAGCCGGAUAACUUUUUGAUGGGUCUUGGAAAGCGAGGAAAUCUGGUCUAUAUUAUUGAUUUUGGACUAGCGAAACGCUAUCGUGAUAGCAAACAUCAACAUAUCGCAUAUCGGGAAAAUAAGAAUCUAACUGGAACUGCAAGAUACGCCAGUAUAAAUACUCAUCGAGGAAUUGAACAAUCACGAAGAGACGACAUUGAGUCUCUUGGCUACGUGUUUAUGUACUUUAAUCGUGGAACUCUCCCGUGGCAGGGACUAAAAGCUGUCACAAAGCGGCAAAAGUAUGAGCUGAUAUCAGAGAAGAAGAUUUCGACGCGAGUUGACGACCUGUGCGCUGGCUACCCCGAGGCGUUUGCCCAGUACCUCAACUAUUGCCGUAGUCUUGGAUUUGAAGAGCAGCCUGAUUAUGGUUAUUUGAGAAAUUUGUUCCGCACGUUAUUCCAUCGGCAACAGUUUUGCUAUGACUACGUGUUUGACUGGAAUACAUACAAAUUUCGUCGCAACUGAAACUGAUCGCAUUGUGUGUCUGAAAAUCCAAAUAAAAACAUACUAUCCUAAGAAUAGAUUUGAACUGCCAGAGAUUCUACAACGAAAGUCUGGAGGCUCGGAACAAUUUCCAGCAAGCGGUACCAAAUCAACGUCGACAUUAAUUGUAUCAUCUCCUUUUCAAGUUUGUGCUCCAUUUCCUCUUUAAUAUCUCAUUUCUUACCCCCGUUUUGUGAUACUAUUCAUGUUUCAUUUGCCUCUUCCUUUUCUCCUCCUUCCUGUCUCUUUUUUUCCUCUGUGUUUUUUUGUUGUUUUCUUAAAAACAACAACAACAACAACAACCUGUUUCUAGUAUUUCACUUGCAACGUUUUCUUCCAUUUCUCUCUGUUCAUUUUCCUCGCUCUGUCAUUGAUCUUUGUCUCAGUUUUUUCGGAUGUAUAUUUUUACUUUUUUGACUUUUUUUUGUCUUCUUAAUUGUUCCAGCUUAACAAUCGUCUCUUUCUCUUACGAGUUUGGGUUUUUUGAACUUUUUUUCUAAUUUUUCCAAUUCAUCGUUUACUUCUUUUCAUAUUAUGAAUACAAUAUACUAGAUCAUAGGAUUUUGAAUAAAAAACUGCCUUCAUCCUUUUCGGACUAUCUCUCUUACCUUUCUCACUGUUUCUUUUUUUCUCUCACUCGCUCCCCUCAACCUCUCUCUCUCUCUCACUCUCACUCAAUCUGUCGCAAUUAAAAGAAUAUAUAUAUAUAUACAUAUAAUAUAUAUAUAUAUAUAUAUAACUUACCUCAUUAUAUUGUGAUUUAGGAAACAGUAAUGUAACUACCACUUUUUUCUAAUUUUCCCCCCUCAAUCAUUCCUUUUUGCGCAGAACGUUUCCAAAAAAAAAAACCAAUUCUUGGCAAUGCCGUGUGUCGUAAAUGUGUCCUUUUUAAUUUUACUUUUUCCUUUUUACACUUUUUUUGAAAAUUAUUGAUUAAUAUGGUGUUUUUUUAAUUCUCAAACGUCGCUUCUGCGGGUGAAGAGACCUACUGUAUCAAACUUGAUCCCCUCAAUCCCCCCUCGCCCCGUCCCAAUUCCUUUCUUCUCACAAAAGUUCACCUUUUAUUUUUGCAGACUGGUAAAAUGUAUGUUUUGUCAUUUUCUUUAAUUCCUUAUCCUUCUAUUUUUUUGUUGUUCAAAUGAUUUCAAAAAAAAAAACAAUUUUUUUCAAGCAA